AUGAAUUUCUGGAUUGGUUGGGCGCUCUGGCAGAAACUGAGCUUUACCAUGAAAUAUGCCACCGCCGAAGCACGACAGAAAGCAGAGAUGCAACCCAUGCUGGCCAAACCGAGCGAUAUACCGUUUGGCGCUAGAGCUUUAGAGAAGGGAAUUCAAGUGGAAGGCAUAUGGACACCAGAUUGCCAUUCGGCAAGACAGUCCACCACUCACUCGGGUAGUAGACCUGGAAGUACUGCGUCGGCGCCCAGGCCGAUGUUGAUGACGUUGACAGGAGAUGAUAUCCAAGGUCUUGAGCGAACAUAUCAACCGGCACCCAGCCCAAGCAUCUAUGACCAGUGCAGCUCCCCCAAGGUUCUAGACAUUGAACACGGACAAUCUGAGUACAUAUCUCUCUCGCCAACCAACCAGUCUCUCCAGCUGGAUGGCCCCAUUAGUAUUGGACCGGAAUACUCAUCUGACUUAGACAAGCGUCGCUCAAGGUGGUUUGGUGCGCGAAGCUCGUGGGUCAAGAAGCCCUUCGACAGUUACAAAAGAAGAUCAACACCAGAAGGGCUUCGCCGCACUUCAUCGGAAAGUUUCAGAAGGAGAAUCAGCAAACUCAUAGACGAGAAUAUCCGGACAAACCCGGCUGAAAUAUAUCAACUAAGGGCCAUAAACCAGGAGACGCUUGAAGGCCGUAGAACGCCAUCACCGACGAGGUCGCAAGGCAUUGCAAAUGCCAUGCUAUGA